GGCGAGCAAAACUAAAUCGAAGAGGGCAGGGGGGAGAGGCCCUUGUAUAUUUGUAACGCAGAACACGAGUCAGUUUGGAUUUUUAGUAUUUUUUCCAUUUUACUAAUGCCACCUAGACGGUCUAACCGAUCUUCCUCAAAGGCCAAGGCGGGCCGGGCGGCGAAUCCUAUAGAGGAUCUCAAAUCUUUGCAGAGCAUGGACGAGGUGUUGACUAAGGCUCAGCAGCUACGUAAUUACUUUCAGGUAGAACGUGAUAAGGUCAAUGAGAUGUGGGAGAUCACAAAAAAAGAGCUUUCUAAUGAGGAGGCGCGUCUUAGCAACGCUGAGAGUGAGUUAGUGGAACUGGAGCGUGCCCAUCAAGUCGAAAUGAAGGUGUACAAGCAAAAGGUGAGACACUUGCUUUACGACCAGAAGCUCUCCGUCAAACAGCUCAAGGAAGAAAGUGAUGCUGCUUUGCAGCAAGCUGAGGGACUUCACGAAAAGCGCAUGGCUGAUAUUUUAUCAAAGAAGCAGCUCCACUGCAAGGAAAUGCAAAGUGCGCUUGAGACGAACGCAGACUACAUUAUGGAACAGCAUGACACGCACCAGUAUAUGAUCUCUGUAACGAAAAAACAAAAUCAUGAAAAGGAAUUGGCGCGGCUUCAGGCCUCGUAUGAAGCAAAGUUAAUUAGCUUGCGAGAAGACCUGGAACUCCGCCGUCGGGCGGAGAUCAAUGAUAUUGAGGAGCGCUGGAACGAGCACAUUAAUCACCUAAUACAACAACAUGAAGAAAAGUUUGCCGAGAUGAAAUCCUACUAUAAUAGCAUUACCAAAAACAAAUUAGUGAUUAUCCAGGCCCUCAAAGAUGAAAUAGCCAAUAUGAAGAAAAACGAUGUCAAUAACGAAACGCUCAUCUAUGAUAUAGAAAAAGAAAAUCAAAACUUAGUUGCACCGCUAGAGCAGGCAGAGCGCGAGGUUGCCGAGCUCGAGGUCAAGAAGAAGCAACAUUUUCAGGAUAAGCAGAGCCUGAGCAUGACGCGUGCGCGGUACAAAAACCUAUGUGAUGAAUUUAAACGAUUGUGCGAGCAACACCAUCAAUUAGAGAUGGAUUACAAAAAAGUGUAUGGCGAACGUGAAGAGCUGAAGGUAAUGUUUGAAUCGUCUCUGCGAGAAGCCAUGAAUGUUAUGGAUGAGGGCAAUGCGGGUUUGCAGCAGCGGCUACUCGAGGUUAAUGCGAAGAUAGAGGAGCGUGAUGCCCAGCUGGAGGGGGUCUUAACGGCCUUACACUUGGAACCCUCUGUAAUGCAAGCGGUGUCCAAUGAGAUUGACCUGGAGUUGUCGCAGAAGAAUCAAAUCAUUAAGGAUUUAUAUUUUGAGCUGAAGAAAUUAGAGGGCAAGACAAAUAAGCUGCUCGCAGUUUAUGAGAGCCGAGCGCAAGCCUCGGGAAUUCCUGUUCUAGACCGCAGGAAGCUCGUAACAACAUAGCGGCAAAUAAGCCGAGUCUUAAAAAUGGCUUUCCAUUUCGUAGUUGUUGUAAACUUUCAUAGUCGUACGACAACUUGUAUAGUCUUCCAUUUUUGGAAAAACACCCUUUCAGAGUUAAUUCUGACUAUAUAUAUAUGUCUAUAUAUUUCUAGAAGUUGUGUGAGUAGUUCAGGAUGUAUGUAAAAGAAAUGUAGCGUCGAGGCACGUCUUAACAGCGGCUAAAUGAAUUUUACAACA